CUCUCCGGCGCGCAGGGAAAGUCCGCCGCCGGCCCCUGCCCGCCUCUCUCGGCUCUCCCGGCCCGCGCGUGUGCGCCCCUUCGCCUGGCGCGUUGAGAAAUGCUCCAAAGAUGGCGGUAGCGGCGGCCGGAGGGGGCGGCAGUGGCAGCGGCCGGGCGCAGCGCAGCGGCGCGCUCGAAGUUUUGGUGCGCGACCGGUGGCACCGAGUGCUGGUGAACUUGGGCGACGAGGCGCUGGUGCUGAGCUCCGAGGAGGCGGGCGCCGCUUACAACGGCCUCGGGGCCGCCCCCGCGGGCGGCAACGGCAAUGGGAGCCUCGGCGGCAGAGGGGCAGCGCCCGGGGGCAGCCUUUCCGACGCGGGCUCCCCCGGGGGCCCGGCGUCCGGCGUCCCUAAACUGGGCUCGGGUUCGGCGCUGGGCGGCGGGGUGCGCACGGCGUUCACCGACCUGCCCGAGCAAGUGCCCGAGGCCGUCUCCAACCAGAAGCGGUGCGUCAAGGUGCUGAAGCAGGAGACGGGCGGCUUGGGCAUCAGCAUCAAGGGCGGCAAGGAGAACAAGAUGCCCAUCCUCAUCAGCAAGAUCUUCAAGGGGCUGGCCGCGGACCAGACCCAGGCGCUCUACGUCGGGGAUGCCAUUCUGGCCGUCAACGGGACGGACCUGCGGGACGCCACGCACGACGAAGCCGUGCAGGCGCUCAAGAGGGCGGGCAAGGAGGUUUUGCUGGAAGUAAAAUACAUGCGAGAAGCCACCCCUUAUGUGAAGAAAGGUUCUCCGGUUUCAGAAAUUGGGUGGGAGACUCCUCCACCAGAAUCUCCUCGGUUGGGAAAUGCAUCCAGCGAUCCUCUCUCGCACCUUUCUCUCUCCAUCCACAGAGACAAGAAGACGAUCCCGCUCAAAAUGUGCUAUGUUACACGGAACAUGGCUGCCUCAGAUUUAGAAAACAGGCUUGUUGAAAUUCAUUCACCUGAUGCCAAGCACACUCUUGUCCUAAGGAGUAAAGAUUCGCCCACAGCCCAAGCCUGGUUCAGUGCUAUCCACUCCUGUGUCAGUGACCUCAUUCCUAAGGUCAUCUCAGAGGUCAAAGAUCAGUUGGGUAAAACGGGGAUUGCAGGAGGCCGAGAGAUUAGGCAUCUUGGUUGGCUCGCGGAAAAGGUGCUGGGGGAGAAUGAGAAGCACUGGAAACCUGUCCUGGUUGUACUAACCGAGAAGGAUCUUCUGAUGUAUGAGAACAUGCCACGAAUCAAGGAGGCCUGGUUCAGCCCUCUGCAUUCUUACCCUCUUCUGGCCACCAGGUUGGUACAUUCAGGCCCAGGGAAGGGCUCUCCACAGCCUGGGGUAGAUGUCUCCUUUGCUACUCGCACAGGAACACGGCAAGGGAUUGAGACGCAUCUCUUCAGGACAGAGACGGGCAGAGACCUUUCCCUGUGGACCCGCAGCAUAGUUCAGGGGUGCCACAAUGCAGCUGAGCUCACCACAGAAAUCGCAACCGCAUGUACCUACAAGAGCCAAGAGUGCCGUUUGACCAUCCACUAUGACCAUGGAUUCUCUCUCACGACUGAACCCCAAGACGGUGCCUUUCCCAAAACAAUAUUACAGUUUCCUUACGAGAAGCUAAAAAUGUCCUCGGACGAUGGGAUUCGGAUGCUUUAUCUAGACUUCGGAGGAAAGGAAGGCGACAUUCAACUGGAUCUUCACUCCUGUCCAAAGCCAAUUGUGUUCAUCAUUCAUUCCUUCCUGUCAGCCAAGAUUACACGGCUUGGUCUGGUAGCAUAAACUCCGGCCAUCGGUUUUGCAAGGAAGAAAAACAAGAACAAAGAGCUACCAGGCUAAUCUGAAUUGCAAGGGACAUCCUAGCCACAUAUGUAGCUGCAAGCAACAACUAUAACUGUUUUGUGCAGGGACUUCUGCGGUGUUGGGGGCAGAGCCCUGUGCUUGGAUCAGUUACAAAAACAAGGUGCAGAAAUAAGAAUAAUCAAGGAAGCCAGAGAGCAAGAACAUUCGCUUCAGCUAACAUUGAUUUGCUACCGGGGGGGUGGGUGGGUGGGGGGACAAGUGGAGAACACUGCAUAGGUCACUAUAUAUAAAGGCAAAACUGAGUAUUGAAGGAAUAAUGGCGUAAGACUACAUUGAAGUAUUUCAGAUUCAUUACUGUGCCUCUGUCAGUGAUAGAGAGUAGUAAGUUUUCAAACUGGAUUCUGAAGAGUUGGGGGGUUCCUUUGGAUUAUCAAGUUUCAUGAGAUCAGUAUCAGAGGCCGGGGUUUCUGGAAAGAUAGGGGUUGCCCCUAAUCAGUGGUCUUCCAGAGGAAGUAAGCAUGAGGCGCAUUCUGGAAUACAAUCUUUAUGGCGAGCUGAGGAAACAGUAAACCUGGCUGGUAGCCUCUGUGAACAAACAGCAUGUCUUAAAACACAUCCCAGACACCUCUGCGAUAUGUAGAGUUUCUGUGGCACAUAAAUGGAUGCAGCUGGAGUUCUUUCAAAGUAGGAAGUUUAAAAACCACUGUAGUGAUCAAGGGCUAAGUAAAAAGGAGAUAACAUACCCACAUUGGAUCUGACCAGUGAAACUGCCAGGCACUGUGUAUAAACGGAAGCUUGUCCACCGAGCCACCUUCCAGUUUUGAGAAAGCAGCAGGAAAAGAGCACCUUUCUUCAGCUGCUGUACCAGGUAAAGAGUUUGUUGUCUAGAUGCUGUAUGCCCCCAAGGUGUUCAUGCUUCCCAAAUGAUCUGUGAAUGCCCUGCAUCACUGCACAAUUUGGGGUUGGGUGGGGAUGCCCAGAGCAGUUGCAGCGACAGGAUAGUAUCCCCAAGCCAGGCAAAGGAGCACCUAAGGUACGUGGAAGAGGCGUCUCAAGUGUCCUUAAUUAGGAGAGACAAAAAGUUCCAAUAGUCACACACUUCAUAUUUGGUUUCUGACACUGCUGUGUUCAUCCUACUGGUAAAAUGAAAUAAGCUGAUUUUUUUUUUUAAAAAAAUGGCUUUAUUCAGUAAAUAAGUUUUAAAAUAAAUAAAUGUUUAGAUACAUGAUGUAGUGCUAACAAUUUUAGUGGAACUACAAUGAAGGCAGCAAAAAAAAUCUAGAAAGCCCUUUUGGGCAGCUGGUUUUCAUAUACAGAAACAGACAAACAGAAUUGGGCGUUCCUGUAAAAAGCUAUAAAUCACAGAGGGAAACCAUACCCACAGGAAACGAUUUA